AUGGUGCUUCUGAAGCAUGCGUCCCGGGGGCGAGCCAUUGUUAGCAGGGUGACCGCCGCCGCGAGGCUAGUGUGCAGCGGGGGAGGCGACCAGUUGGCGGUUUCUCACGGAGAGGUUUCACAAUCGAGGGAUGUUCAAUCGGUGGCUGACCAAUCGACCGCUGCCCACCCCUGCGGGGAGUCCCACCUGCGCGAGUUCACCAACGGAGACAAAAUCGUGUACGACAACGCAGAGGACUUGCGCAAGUUCUGCGAGAGAUCAUUUAAAAAGGUUCGAUCCGAGCUGAACAUACUGACGUCGUCCAACAGGGAAUAUGUGCCGUACCACCUGUUUGACUUCUUCCUCUGCCGCGGGUCACUCGAGGGGGUGCAGGAAAAGUUGGCCCGCAAGGUGGAGCAGCUUGAAGGGGUGCAGGAAAAGUUGGCCCGCAAGGUGAAGCAGCUUGAAGGGGCCCGAUCAAACGUGCGGACAAUCGGGGGAGUGUCUAUCUGUGGGGAUGGCAAACUGCGCGAUGACCAGGGUGACGAUUAUUCCCCCUACUUUUUGCCACACCUGUCCGACGUGAUGGAGGGGGGAGAAGACGGUGAAAACGGCGAAGCAUGUGUGCAAAAAGGGAAAAUAUCCCCCGGGGGGGGAAACAAAAAUGUGAAAGAGAAGGAGAAGAAAAACGCAUCGUCCCUAUUGCAAUUUAAAGAAGUUAACCAGCUGGACAUGGACUCGUACAUAAAAUUAAGUUUACAGAGGAACUUCCACGUGGAGUACUUGACAACCGUUCAGUACUGUUUAUUUCCCCUGUUUGUAAAAAAUUAUGACAUUUUAAUUCACUCCGUUAAAGGCACAGGGAAGACGCUGUCGUACUGCCUCCCACUUGCCCACAAAAUAAUUGCACAGCUGGGGAAACUCAAAAGGGACUUUCCCCACUUGAAGGAAAGAUACGUGCUCGCGCUGAUUGUCUGUCCGAACAGAAUUCUCGUCGAACAGUCCUAUGCAGUUGUAAAAAAAUUACUCAUGUACCAUCCGUACGGCAUCAUAUGUCACUACAUGCACGGAAAAAAAAAUAUGAACAUGCAAGGUGAAAUUGACGAGCUAAAAAAAAAAAAACCACACAUCAUUGUGAGCACUCCAGCUGCUUUCACCAAUCAUAUGAAAUUUGCCGCCUCCUUUAAGGACAUGUUUUUUUUAUGCGACACGAUUAUCGUUGACGAAGCGUACUUCCUGCUAAAUUCAAAUUUUUUGCACAACGUUUUAACCAUCAAGGAUGUGCUGCCCAAGGGCCACCAAACCGUUUUACUAACCUGUCAUGUUAAUAAUAUUUUAAAGCACUUGGCCUUCAGAUUUUUGCGCCUCAAUUAUGUCUACCUAAAUUUCGUGCACAACUGUGUGUAUGAUGAUGACACGUUUGCGGCUGCCACUUGGGGGGGCACCGACCCACAGCGCCAAUGCAAAGCAGGUGGGAGUGACGAACGGGGCGGCCUUUUAACUCUGCCCAAUCGGGCCAACCCCCCCUUCCAACUGUACCACCGACUGAACGCCCAGCUCCUCUCCCUUCACAGAAACAACAUACUGAACUGCACCCAGCUGGAGAAGCUUUGGUACUGCAAAGACGCCAAGACGUUUUACGACCACGUUAAUGCAUUCGAUGCGUACAUCGUGGGGGAGCCAAAUCCCCCGACAGAAGGGAUAAAGAACAAUGUGGAAGGACCAACUCGCAGCUUAAUACACACUCCCUGGAAAGGUAACACUGCAGAUGAGCGGACAAAUCGGAAGGGGCCACUCGGACGAGCAGAGGAGAGACUCCCCCCUGAAUAUGCACACAAAAAGGGUGAAGACAUAAAGGGGGAGGAACCCCUGGAUGGGCGAAAACAGAAACUCACCCUAAGCCACAGCGAUUACAAUAACUACACACAGAUCAGCCGCACGCACGCCAGUUAUGAACAGAACAAUGGGAGAAACAUCCCCACGCAUAUACUCCUAACGCAGGAGUACUUAAUAUACGAGUCGGACAAACUUGCCUUAAUAGUCUUCAACAUUCUGUGCAGGGAGCUCCUCUCAAGAGAGCGCGUAAAGAUUGUCCUCUUCAUGCCCACUGUAAAAAUGAUCCAGUUUUUUUACGUCAUUUUUAAGCACUACAUUUUUAAGGGCUACCUGUGUUUGCUCUACCUGCAUGGGAAGCGGCGGGCCCAGGGGGGGUGCGCCAAUAUGAAGGGCCAUAACAACGGAUACUACCAAGGGGAGUACACCAAUACGGACAAUGCCUCUAACAGCAGCUGCCACCACUACGAUAGGGAUCGCGUCACCUUCUCAGUCUCCUCCACCCCCUUUGUUGUGGCCCCUCCAGAAGGGCGCAGCGCAGGAGCGGAAGGGUUCAAAGGUGGGAAUGGCUCCACCGAGCUAGGGGAUAACGCAGCGGAUAGUUCGCUCAGUGUGGAGGGCCCCCACUCUAAAAGAGACAAAUCAAACAGUGAAGAGAGCAAGAGUAACCCCGUUGAUGAUAAGCACCAACGGGAGUACGAACUGCUAAAAGAUGUUUUACUCUCCUGUUUGCACUCCAAAUUAAGUGCAGAUAAAAAAAUGUACACACUAAACAGAUUUAACAAUUCGGAGGGGAAGACCAAACAAGUGUUAUUUGCUUCCUCCCUGUUGUGCCAAGGAAUCGAAGUAGAUGAGGUAGACUUGGUAAUACAGGUGGGGGUGUGUACCACCGUUGAUGAAUACGUUUUGAGGACCAAUCUCGCCACAGCGAGAAAUACGAAGGGGCGGAGCCUGCUCUUGUUAAACGAGUUAGAGGGGCAUUAUUUGUUUACUCUUUACAAAAACAGCAUUAUGGUUAGCUGCAUUAGUAAGAGGUACUUGAGAGACAUAUAUAGGGAUAACCCUCUGCUGGACGCCUUGCUGAAGUAUAAGCGCAGGGGGGUUACUGUGCCAAGUGGGUGUGCCGAGGGUGACCAGCGCGUAACGGGGCAAUCAGUUGAGGAUGGGGGCAACGCCGAUGAUGUGGGUGACGAACCGGGGGGAAAUCACUCCCAUGAGAAAAAUUUCGCACGUGAGGGAAAGGAUCACUGGGCCUGUGACCCCCCCCCGCUGAGACACAUCGAAUGGCACAAGCACCAGCACCUGCUCUGCUCCUGCGAGCUGAUGUACAGAUCGCUCCUCGGCUUCUACUGUCAGCAAAACAAAUCGCUCAAGUACGAAAAAUGGCAAGUGCCAAGUUUAAUUAAAAGUAUGAUUUACUCCUUUGGCUAUUUCGAUAAUUUUUAUGUAACCAAAUCGAUGGCUGCGAGGCUUCAAAUUUUGAAUGCGCCUGACCUGUUCGUAAAGUUCAAUGCCACCCCGAGGAGUGCGCUCAUGUCCGCGCUGCCAUCUUACAAGGGGUACAAGUCCCAGAUGAAUGAGCUUUGGCGGAAGGGCAGCCUAUGUGGUCGGUCAGGUGGAGCGUCACCCUCUCCGGAGGACCCCCCAUUUGACACAGAACGGGGGGAGGGCAACUUGGACGGAAAGGCGAAGAGACGCGAAAGUGGGGAUUACGAGAGGCACCCCCUGUAUUUCCCCCUUCGCACGUAUUUGUCCUGA